AUGCCGACAAUUUACGAAUUACAUCAUUAUGCAAUAGUUUCAAUGCUAAUGUUGCUAAAACUUGGAGAUAAUUUGCAAUUUCGAUUUAUGAUGCAAAAUUUAAAGUUGAACCAAUAUACUUUUCAAGUAAUCUCACGACAACUUCAAAACAAAACAAAACAAAAAACGAUCAAUAUAUCAGCAUGA